AUGUCUAUGGACGCCAAAGAAAUCGAGCUCCGGGCCAAGGCCAUGACCAAGGCCGCCUCUUCCAACGAACCUCCCUCUACCAUCAUACCACUGCUCAAGCAGCUGCAACAAGGGGUGAAAGCCACCGAAGACCUGCUGCGAUCGACCCGUGUCGGUAUCGCCGUCAACAAACUUAAACAACACAAAUCUCCCGAAGUCGCCCGUCUCGCGAGCGAAAUCGUCUCCAAGUGGCGCCACGAAGUGAACAAGCAAAAGGCCGGGGCUUCCCCCGGCGCUAGUCAACGGUCGAGCAGCUCUCCCCACCCGAAAACCAACGGCACCCCCUCCGGCGGUGCGACUCCCUCCGAUAAGGCCUCGAAGCUCUCGGUGCCUCCCGACAAGCGUACCUGGAAGGCCGAUGGCGUGGACACCAACCAGACCGGCAACAGAAUUCGCGACAGCUGCAUCGGCUUGAUGUACGAUGGGCUGUGUCUCAACUCGGUUGAACCCCCCCGCACAGUCCUGUCCAAGGCGUCGGCCGUCGAAGCGGCGGCCUUUAGCGACCUCGGACCGGAAACGAAGGAACAAUACCGCACGAAGAUCCGCAGUCUCUACCAGAACCUCAAGAACAAAUCGAACCCGACACUGCGAGUGCGGGUCCUCAACGGCGACGUGACGCCAGAACAAUUCGUCCGGAUGUCGCACGACGAGCUCCGGUCGGCGGAACAGCAGGAGCGCGACCGCAAGAUUCAAAAGGAGAACAUGGACAAGGCGAUGGUGGCACAGGCGGAGCGGAGUAUCAGUACGAGCUUGCAAUGUGGCAAGUGUGGACAGCGCAAGGUGACAUAUACGGAAGCGCAGACGCGCAGUGCGGACGAACCGAUGACAUUGUUUUACAAGAGAAUCCUCAAACAAACAACACACACCUUCCUCAAAACCCUCACCCAAUCGCCCCCUCCCCCGUUAUCCACGAUCCUCGCCCAAUUCACCUCCUCCCCCUCCACACCCCCAUUAAUCCACGAAGCCGGCCUCCCCCAGCUCGCCCCCUUCCUAGGCCGCGACUUCACCGGCCAAGACGGAGUGAAACGCUACUUCGAGACGAUGGGCUCUGCGCUACGCUACGAAGGGAUGAGAUUCGAGGACGAGCAGGAUUGGGUGAUCGACGAGGAGAAAGGAUGUGUUUGUAAAUGGGCUGGGACGAGGGAUUUGUGUAUAGAUUGGCGAUUGCACAAGAUGGAGGAGAAGAAGAAGACUCUGAUGGAGAGUGGAAAGUACAGGAGUAUAGGGUUUGGGCUGAUACGGGAGCGGCGUAUUUAG